UUUCAAGGGCAGUUAGCAGUGUGUCCAUUCUGUGUUGUGAGAACUAUCAUGAACAUGCUUUGCAGGGUUGGUCAAAUACGCAGGUGUGCAGCCAGCCUCAGCCAAACUAUAAAUCAGGUAGCUGCAGCGAGGCAGAAGCACACGCUUCCUGACCUGACCUACGACUAUGGUGCCCUGGAGCCCCACAUCAGUGCAGAGAUAAUGCAGCUGCACCACAGCAAGCACCAUGCUACAUAUGUUAACAACCUGAACAUUACAGAGGAGAAAUAUCAGGAGGCACUGGCAAAGGGAGAUGUAACAGCACAGGUUGCCCUCCAGCCUGCUCUGAAGUUUAAUGGAGGAGGCCACAUUAACCACACUAUCUUCUGGACAAACCUCUCUCCAAAUGGUGGAGGCGAGCCGCAGGGGGAGCUAAUGGAAGCCAUCAAGCGUGAUUUCGGCUCCCUCCAGAAAAUGAAGGAGAAGAUGUCUGCUGUUACUGUGGCAGUGCAGGGCUCAGGCUGGGGCUGGCUGGGCUACGACAAGGAGAGUGGAAGACUUCGCAUUGCUGCUUGCGCUAACCAGGAUCCUCUGCAGGGGACAACAGGUCUUAUCCCUCUCCUUGGUAUUGAUGUAUGGGAGCAUGCCUACUACCUUCAGUACAAAAAUGUGCGCCCAGACUAUGUUAAGGCUAUCUGGAAUGUAAUCAACUGGGAGAAUGUGGCUGAGCGUCUUCAGACCGCCAAAAAGUAGAAUCAAACCCUCCAACAUCCAGAUCAACCCCUCUCAUUCUGACUUGGGACCUGGAUCAAAUAGUAGUUGCAAAUAAUUCUUAGUUUUAAAUUGUAUGGAGUUUCAGUGGUGUUUCUUGAAUUCAGACUUCCAGAAGGUCAGUUGCAUUACAGUUGAUUAAACUGACUUUGAAGUACUUUCUAUAUUGGUGCACAUUAUGUUGUCUUUAUGGGAAACGUACUCAAAUUGAAACAAAAAAAAUUAUUUGCAAGUGCUUUUUUAAUCUCAGGUCUCCUCUCAACCACCAGGCUAUUUUCAAUGCGCACAAAAAUAGCCACCUUUCACAUCAAGGCCGGCUUUUGUUAAUCACCCCUAAAUAAUGGAUGCCAUACUAGUUGUCAGAUAACCAAAGUGCAUAUUCACUGAUCUGUGUCAUUGUCAGAAUAAGUUCCUCUAAAAUUAGACAAUGUGGUUGCAGUUGAUGUUUUUGAUGUAUUAUAAUAAAACUAUAGGAUUUCAGUUGUA